GCAAGGUUUGUUUCGUACACAUCCACCUUUCAUCUUUCUCAAGCCAUGGUCCUAGGAAUUCUCGAUGCGGCAGUCAAUUCUGCGUACUUUCCCAAAAAUUAUGUACAACACAUAGCGACCGCGGCCGCAUCAUUGGUCCUCGUCCACGCCUUUUCUCAAGGGCGAACUACGAACCGCGACCGGGACCUUCAUGCGAGGACAGUGUUGGUGACGGGAGGCUUUACGUCGCUGGGUUUAACCCUUAUUCAGGCGCUCGCUCAACGGGGAGCCCAUGUCAUUGCUUUGACCUCAGAUCCAGUAGAAUCUGCAGAAGUCACCAUUCUCAUCGGACUUCUACGGACGUCCACUUCCAAUGAGAACAUAUAUGCAGAGCAAUGUGACCUAUCUUCUCCUUCCUCCAUCCAUGCGUUCUGUACUCGUUUCAUGGCUGGGCAAGAUCAGCGACUAGACGCGCUGCUCUUUGCUCAUGAAUAUCAACAUUUGGGUUCAUUUGGAUUUCUAUCCCCAGCUACUGCAGAACUGCAGAAAGAACGCGAAACAAGAUCAUUGGCGACUUUUCUUUUGAUCACUUUACUCCUUCCUGCGCUUCUAGUCGCGCCCGUGGAGCGAGAUAUUCGCAUAAUCAAUAUUGUCAACCGAUUCUACGCUGCCGCAGCAAACAAGUCAUUCUCGGUCCCCUUCUCGUAUUCUGUAUCAACCCCCCCAAACCCCCAAAAUUCAAUAUUCCUCGCCGAGGGUACGCGUGCUUUGAAGACUUGCAUUCUCACACGCCAUAUACAGCGGGUUUUGGAUGCUCUUCCGUCCGCGCAAGUGCCCAAGACAGAUGUCAAUAGUAGUUCAAUACCAGUAAUCGACGCCAAGACUCAGAAAUCAAAUAUCGUUACUGUUAGCGUGUCUCCUGGCAUCAGUAGAGUGGAUACUAUCGCGCCCCUUUUUCAUGCAGAUUGGACGGGAAAAUUUGGUCGGUCUUACCUGGGAGUUGUAUUGUAUCUCCUCUUUCAACCAAUCUUUCGUCUUAUUUUCAAGUCACCAAUAUCCGCUAUACAAUCUGUUUUGCAUGUCUUAUUCAUUCCGACGCCUUUCAAAAUUAUUCCGAGGGCAAAGCAGCCCAAAGACAAUUCGGAUUCCGUGAUCGAAAACUCGGUCGUAGAGAUACCAGAGGAGAUACUCAAGCCAGGAUCUUUGUAUGCUGAGUGUGCUGUUGUGCCGCUCAAGAUGCCAACUAUGGACUUUCCUGCCCCUGUCAAGGAACAGGGUUCCAAAGGAAAGGCAAAGGCAAAGGCUAAGCCCACGGAGGGAGUGAUGGAACUUCCUGAUGAUGGGGAACUUGGGGGAGAGUCGACAGGCAGAGCCGUGUGGGAAGCCUAUGAGGCUGCAGUGAAAGUAUGGCAAGAAGCUGAACCUAAGAAGCCGGUAAAAGCAGGAGGCUGAGAAGACUGGGAGUUGAUAACCUACUCUUGAACUGACAUAAGUAUGGGCGCAUGUAGGCGCAAUAUACCAAUAUGUCACGCAUAAUGCUUAUGUCAUAGAAGCCGAACCAUUUGCCG